CCUUGCUAAGCUGACAGUUUUUUCACGUGACAAUGAGUGAUUGAAACCAUUUGAUGGGACGCCCUUGUUUUUUCCUCCUUUCGCUGACGUGGCAUCGCUAAAUGCCGAAAUGUUUAAGGGAUAAGAAUGAAAUUUAAUAAAAUAAAAUAAAAUCAUAAGGCUAAAAAAAAAAAAAAACCCUAACAUUUUGAGGGAUCUGAAAUCUUUUGUCUUUCUCAGGUGAAACUGGGGAAUCUUCAAUCUCAAUUUCCAGUUCAGACGCAGUAUUUUUUCCACCUCAGGUUAAAGCUUUGUAAUUCAGCUGAUAGAUGUGGUUUUUGGGAAGUUUUAAAGUGCUCAAGUUGAGUGGGCACUGUUAAAUUACUUCAGUGCACUGAUUUAUGGUUUAAGAAUUUAUAGGUUUUAUAGCACAGUUGUGGGUACUCUGUUAUAAUUGGGGCUUUAUUUUAUAAUUCUGGAAGGUAAUAGAGAAAUGGGUGAAAUGUUUUGGUUGCACGAGGAAGAUAAGGCCAAGGUGGAAUCUGUUUUGGGUACUGAAGCCUGUGAGUUCUUGAUAUCAUUGGCUUCUAAAAAUGUGUUGUCAGAGUUGGUUACUCCUCCAUUAAGUGAUUUAAGUGUGCAGCAAAGGCUUUGCCAGAUCGUAGAUAGGUCAAAUUGGAACUAUGCAAUUUUCUGGCAAGUGUCAAGCUUGAAAUCUGGUGGAUCAGUCUUGGUUUGGGGUGAUGGGCAUUGCCGGGAUCCUAAGCUUGGUGGAGUUGGUGAUACGAGUACCUCUGGGGAUGGCAAAUUGGAAGGGGUUGAGAGGAAAAAUGAGGUGAAAAGGCUGGUGCUCCAGAAGCUGCAUUCAUGCUUUGGUGGGUCAGAGGAGGAUAGCUAUACUGCAAAGGUGAACGGAAUAUCAGAUAUGGAGGUGUUUUAUCUCACUUCGAUGUACUUUACAUUUCAUUGUGAUGCAUCAUAUGGUCCUGGAGAAGCCUACAAGUCUGGCAGAUCAAUUUGGACCUCAGAUGUGAAUAGUUGUUCGGACCAUUAUCAAUCAAGAUCAUUUCUAGCAAGAUCUGCUGGGUUGCAAACAGUGGUGUUCAUACCUGUGAAGUCUGGAGUUGUAGAGCUUGGUUCCAUCAAUUUGAUUCCUGAAGAGCAGAAUAUUUUGGAGAUGGUGAGUCCUUUGUUUGGUGGAUCCAGUUCUGUGCAGACAAAAACAAUUCCGAAGAUAUUUGGUCGUGAACUAAGUUUGGGUGGUUCAAAGUCACGAUCAAUUAGUAUUAACUUCUCUCCAAAAGUGGAGGAUGAGUCAGGCUUCACAUUGGAAUCAUACGAUGUUCAAGCACUAGGUUCCAAUCAAAUUUAUGGUAAUUCUUCUAAUGGAUGUCGAAGUGAUGAUGGCGAAGCAAAGUUGUUCCCACAUUUGCUUGUUGGAGGUUUGAAUGCUCAAGCGAGAAAUUCUGGUUCGGAGCAGACUAAGGAUGACUCACCUUCUUUACCUGAUGAGAGGAAACCAAGAAAGAGGGGAAGGAAGCCGGCCAAUGGGAGAGAAGAACCAUUGAAUCAUGUUGAAGCAGAGCGGCAGAGGCGUGAAAAGCUUAACCAGAGAUUCUAUGCAUUAAGAGCUGUCGUCCCUAAUAUCUCUAAGAUGGACAAGGCAUCUCUGCUUGGUGAUGCCAUUACCUAUAUCACUGACCUCCAGAUGAAGAUUAGGACGUUGGAAACUGAAAAGGAGAUGGUAAACAAUACGCAAAAGCAUUUGUCAGGACCUGAUAUAGAUUUUCAGCUGAGGCCUGAAGAUGCAGUUGUGACAAUGCGCUGCCCCUUGGAUGCCCAUCCGGUCUCUAGAGUCUUAAAAGCUUUCAAGGAAAAUCAAAUUACUGCACAUGAGUCUGAUGUAUCAACAACAGAUAAUGAAAAGGUUGUCCACACCUUCACCAUUCGAGCCCCAGGUGGCGCUGCUGAACAAUUAAAGGAGAAACUGGUGGACGCUUUUUCCAAGUGAUAGUCAGGUAACAGUGUGUUGAUAAUGUACAUCUAAGUUAAUGCUGUGCACCGGCUUGUAGAAAGAUGGGAUUCUGUACUGACCAACAAUAAGUGAUUAGUAUCUUUAUGUCCAUCGAUGAAAAUGAUAUGUACUCUUCACCUUUUUUAAAUGAAUUUGUUUUGUCGGAUCUGUGGAGACAGUGAGUCCUGUCGCGAUCUUUUGUUGAAUUUUCUACCCAAAAAAAAAGAGAAAAACCACCAAAGUGAAUGAAUUAGAUGCACAACAUGAAAACUGAAAGCUUGUACCUCAUGUUAAGACAAUUUCCAACUAAAAUUCGUGCGAGUUGUGGCAUAACAUCUGAUCUUUCCCUCUGUCCGUCUGUGGGUUACAAGUUGCAACCUGUACGGCUGUGCCAGUUGUUACGCUUUAUUUGUAUUUCAUACAUGAUUUU